UAACAAUAACAAAUGAAACAUGAUCAAAACAGUACAAUGUUUGGGUUAUUUUGAAACUACUCCAAGAAAAUUAGAUUUACAUUGUUAGAAUUAAAUUUUACACAUUUUAAAUUGAUUGAUAAUGGUUGUCUGGAAUUUCUCAAAUUUUAUUUGACUGAUUCCUUUGCCUUCUUCUUUGAAAAUGAUAUUAUAUCCAUUAUUUGAAUCAAAUUUAACUACCACGUGGCCAUAACUACAGCUUUUUAUGCCUUUGGUAAGUGAUUUUAUGCCUUUGGAUGAAUUUCAUCCAUUUAUUGAGGCUUUGCUGCCUCAUGUGAGAUCCUUCUCGUACACUUGGUUUAAUCUCCAAGCUGUGAAAAGGAAGUAUUUUAAGAAGCAUGACAAGCGUAUGAACAUAGAGGAAGAAAGAGUGUGCCGUGAGGACUUGCAGAAUGAGAGGAUAGAAGUUAAACAGAAGUGGGCUUCCAGGCUACUGGGAAAAUUACGAAAAGACAUUACACAGGAAUGUCGAGAAAGUUUUGUGCUCGGAAUUACUGGCAAGGAGACUGCAGGGUGUGUACUGAGCAAUCCAGACCAAAAAGGAAAGAUGCGUCGCAUUGAUUGCCUGAGGCAAGCUGAUAAGGUGUGGCGCUUAGACUUGGUGAUGGUAAUUCUGUUCAAGGCCAUCCCUCUCGAGAGUACAGAUGGUGAGCGUCUGGAGAAAUGUCAAGAGUGCCUCCAUCCUGCGCUCUGCGUCAAUCCUUUCCACAUUAAUGUCUCCGUCCGAGAGCUGGAUCUUUAUCUGGCCAACUUCAUUCUCUCACAAGAAGCUUUAAGUGGUUUAAGAGAUGAAUUAAAUGAUCAAAGGCUUGAAGAUCAAGAAAGUACAACCAUCAUUACAACUGGAGUUUUUACCUCAACAGAGCUUUACAAGCUUUCUAAAGGCUCAAUUCUGCAGCCUGUAAAUGGUGUUCAGCACCAGCAACAACAGCAGCAAUCACAACAAGAACCUAAAGUAGAAGUUGUUAAUGGAAAGCAACAUGUUCAACAGCAUGUGAUACAAGUUUGCUCCCCUUAUUAUUAUACAACUGAUGGAAAUCCCACAGAACUGAUUGGUAUACCCAGAGUAGUGAGUACUCUGAGUGAAAGUAAUGUCGCCUCUUCUCCUAAUGCUGAUGAUCCCUCUAGUCCUCCCUGUGAACCUCUUAAUAAAAGGGUCCGGCGUCUCUCUUCAAAUGAGGAUGAACUUGAAAAAAGUGCAACUGGGGAUAGCUCAUACUAUGUUCACAGUCCCACGAAUCUCAACAGUCCUGCAUCUUGGAGUGGAGAUGUAGACCAUGUGCAAAACUCUUCUGUGCUACAAGGUACCCUAACAAGUCGUGCUGGAGUAAUAAAAACGGAGGGCUCAAGCAGUUUUAUCCCAGUGAAUGCCAAUUCUCCUCUGUCACCGGCACCUGUUGAAGUUAUCUUGACAACUUCUUCCAGUAUCACAUCACCUUCAUCCCAAAGUGUGGUUUCUCCUAGAAGUAGAGAUGGGGUUCUGAACUUUUGUACUGCAGGUUUGAGCCAAGCAACUAAUCUUGCUCCAUCUACAACCACUCUUGUUGUGCCUUUGCAGUCUACAGGGCCCUAUUAUCUUGUGACUCAAGGAAAAUACCAAGAAAAUGGAGACACAUUGUCAGAUUUUGUAAAUUUGGUUUGUCAAGAGGCUCAUAAUUCUAGUACUAGUUCUCAGUCUAGUACAGAAUCUGAAGUCCGCAGUCCAACCAAAAUGGCCCAUUUUUAUACGAGUUCCAUGUUGCCUCCUCCUCCGCCAGCUCCUGUUGCUCAGCGUGUUGCUAUCAUUCAGUCAUCAGAUUUGAAUUCUGUCUCCCCUUCACCACCACCUGCAUCACCUCAAUCACCUAAAUCAAAUGAUGGUCUACAAGAUGAAGACUCUCACUGCCAUCCAAUCCAAGGCAAUGAUGCCCACUGCCAUCCUAUACAAGAUGAGGAUCCUCCAUGUCAAGCAUUGCAAGAUGAAGACUCCCACUGCAAUCCCCUACAUGAUGACGAUCCCAGAUGCCACCCAAUGAGAAAUGACAAUGAUCCUCGCUGUAGCAGUCCAGUGACAGAUGAUAUUUCAGAUCAGCCUUUAUCACCUCCUAGUUCAUCUUCGGGACCAAAUGUGAGUAAUGCAGAAACUCCGCCUUUGAGUCGGUCCAUUCUCAAUAGUCCUUUUACUACUCUAGUCAGAUCAGAACAUACUUUUGCACACAUACACCCACAAGCACAGUUGUUUUCAUAUCCUAACAUCAGUCCCUUGAGUGGUGUCAUAAGCCCAACUAGUUUAUCUAUGUUCACAUCACCUGUGACAACGCCUCGAACCACUCCUCGCACGACCCCUAUCCCCAGGUGGAGCGGACAAUUUGUUUCUCUUGAUGACAACAUUGAUUACAGUGUCAUGGCUGGACUAAUGCAUUGUAGUACAUCAGACUCGGAUCCACCUCAUAUAAUUGAGCGUUUCUUCCCAGUGGUGCAUACAAACGAAGCAGUUGAUGCCAGCAGCCAGACUGGCACAGCAUCCCCCAUUCCCAUGAAAUCUGAGCCGCCAUCAUAGAAAUCACUCAAAGGGCACCAAUACUCACUGUGGUAUCUCACUCAUUUACUCAAGCAAUAUCAGUGCUUUUAAAUCUCUUAGUAUUAAGAUAGAAAAUGUGUUUUUAAUGCUUCGAUUUACAGAAGACAUGGUACUGCUUUUAAAGUUUGUGAAGAAAAUAUAUUUCUGGACAAUGAAUUCUUUAAAUGGCGCUAUUGAUUUUUCAUCAUACAGUAUAAGGUUUUUGAUUUCAUAUAAAUCAAAUUGUUAUGGUCAGAAACAAAGAUAACAGGAAAUUUGAAAAACUCACAUUUAAAAGUGAAACAAAAAAUAUUUGCUAUAAUUUUCUAUUAUCAUGCAUGAAAGAAAGCUGUUUUUCAUUUAAUUUUAUGACAUGCAUAUUUAUAAAAUUCUAUGAAUAUUCAUUAAAUUAUGUUGUUAUUGUGUUUAUAGCUAAUUAGUGAAAUAUUAAUUUUAAAUUCUUCUGACCUGCAGGUGAUAAAUUAUUUAUUUUCAGUUAUGCUGUGUUGUGGAAAUUCUUUUCUUAUAAUUUGAAUAAUUUUUAUAACUUCUCAGAAAUUAAUUUUUGUGAAAGAUUUCCAUGAACUUUUUCAAGAAAAUAACUGAUCAAUCUGAACUGCUUACUAUAUUCAGAUUCUUUUAAAGAUCUUUGAGGUUUUAAAUCACAAACUUUAGAAGCUCUACUGUGAUAAUUCAGAUGUUGGGUGAUAAGAAUUUUAAAAUUUUUAUGCCUUUGAUAUAGCAGUCAGCUAAGCUGCCUUGAAUUUUUUUAUAUUGAACCUCUGUUUUAUCAAGAUCAGAAAAGCCUUCAUCAGUUAAAUAAAAAUUCUCUUUUUUAUAUCAUUGCAUUUAAAUAAAUAUGUCAAAUAUUCAUUUUUGCAUUGGAUUUAUUUCCGAUAAGACAUUUUUAUUACUUUUUGCUUUGGUCUGGUUUUAUAUUUGUUAAUUUAUCUUAGUUAUAGACUUGAAAUGUUGCUAUGAUGAUUGCAUUUAUAAUGUUAGUCAUUAAAAAAAUUAAUUAUUUAAUUUUAUUAUUGAGCCUGAAAUCUUAUUGUCUGUUGCUGCUUAUUUGUUUGAAACUCUCCUGCUUUCUUUUAUAAUCAAAAUAAUUAUAUUCAAUUUGUAUUUUAAGUGAGUGCUUACAUUCAAUGGUUUAGCUAGAUAUGAUUGUAAUAUGAAUACCAAAUUCAGAAUUUGGGGAUUAGACAUUCAUUCAUAAAGGGAGUAAAUCUAGUUUAUUUAAUGUGCACUAUUAAUUUUGCACUUAUUCAAAGUUUUUGAAUUUAAAAAAUCCAGUUUCUUCAGGGUACAAGCUUUAAACUUUUUUUAUAAAUUUCAAAAAUGGAAUUUUUUUAUUUUUUAUUUCAGGCUUCUAUGUAUAAAGGGGUAAUAGAAAAAAUUUAUGAGCUGUUGUUGUUACUAAUAAAUACUGGAUAGUCUAACUUCAUUUAAACCAUCUCCAUGAAUUCAAAAGCCUCUCAAAAGUCGAUGCCUAUAACUGGAUCUGUUAAAAUGACAUUUCUGGGGAAAUUUAAACUAAGAAUAUGGAAGGAAAAUGUCUAUUUAGUUUCACUAUAAUGACAUUCUGGAAAGGGCUUCAAGGUAGGUAGGCGGGACAUUACAAAGGUUUAGCACAUUAGUUUGUCCAUUAAUAAAUAGUGAGAGAGUCAUCUUCUGUUCUUUUAUAAAUUUGCUAUUGACACCUUCAAGACCUCUACCAAAGUACCAUACAUGAUUGUGUUGAGCUUUUCAAAUCUCUUUUAUUUCUAUUUUUAAUUGAGAAUUCAAAGAAAGUCAGUGCUUUAUCUUCAUGCAUGGGUUUAGCAAAAGCAGUCUUGGCCAAGACAUCAAGACAUGAAAGUUUUGUGUCCAGUCAGAAAGGUACUGUAUAGAGACAUGACUCUGUUAAAACUCAUAUAUCUUUAAAAUCUUACACAACAGCAGUAUCAAUAUAGUGCAGGCUUUUAUAAAUUGCAAUGAACUCAGACCUGAAUAUAGAACAGGCGUCAAUGUUUCUGGUAUUAUUUGUGCUGGCAAAAUUUUCCAUAUGAAUUGGAAAUAUCUUCAUCGCCCCUCCUACCAUCAAUAUACAUCUUUUGGGCAGAUUGGGGAAUUCAUUGAAUGGUUUUUAGAGCUAUUUGUUUGAUCAAUACUGGGCCAUCUUAUUUUUAGUUAGCCUUAUAACAUGGAAGUGUUGGAAGUUAUCAGGAUCAAAACUAAAAUUAAGAAGCAAUUUCAAGAAGUGUGUCUUUAUAUUACAUAUAGGUAGGUCUAUCUCUUUCACCAAAUAGCAGAAGCUCUGUAUUUCAGGAACUAAAUAUAAAGAUGAAAACUUUUGAAUUUUUAUAUCAGCUUAUCAAAUAUUAUUAAAUCAGCUUUUGAUUUAAAAUAUAAUAUGUUGAUAUAUGUAUCAAUUGGAUAAGUCAAAUUAUCCUUUUAAAUUACAUUUAUAAGUCUUGUUAGCAUUCUGUUUUUAUACUAAAAAGUAUUUUAUUUACUAAAAAUUGGGAAUUUGUCAGUAUAUCAUGAAUUAAUCCUUUUGAAAUGUUUAUGUUACCUUAAGAAAUAUCGAAGUCACAUUUUUCACAGAUAAUGUGAUAAUAGAUACAAAUAAUAAAUAAGAUAUUAGCCAUAUGUAGAAUAUAAUAAUACUUUGAAGAGUUCCAUGAAAGCAUUUUCUUAUUGCUUAGACAUCCAGAAAGAUCUGAAUGGCUAUUGCUGUUACAGCAUAAGUGGAAAUUGAAUGUGAAAUCACACAGUGGCCAUCGCUGGCCAUGAUACAAUCCUUCCCGUAGGAAAUGCAUUCCUUCAUUAGAGUGAAGAUAACUUAAAUCCACACUAUAUCUAUACCCAUCAAAGAAAUGAGAAUCUACUUUUUUAUGCAGUAACUUCUCAACUACUGAUUCAUGGUUCCCUUCAGUAGGACAAACACGAAGUAGAUGCAAAACUGGGCUUAAUAGUCUUAUCUUUUUGAAAGUAAUGUUCUGUUUAGAAAUUUAUUGGUGUUGAUAUAUAAUUUCUGUGCAACAAAAAUAAGCAUGUUAUAAAUAAAAAAAAAAAAAGAAUGAGAAUUUUUAAAUAUAUAUAUAUAAUGGACAUGAAAUAGAAGAUUUGGAAGCAGUUUGGUGUGAUUUCUUUAAUGAGGUUUUCAAUAAUUUGCUCAAAGCUAAUAGCAGCCAGGAACUAACUUCUUAUGUGCAAGAUAUUUUCUCAUAGAAUAAUUGUAUUGUAAUGCUAAAUUAAUUAGGGCAUAUUAAAAUUUCUAAAAUUAGAAUUUUCAUCUCUUAAAUUAUGAAUGAAUCUGCAAUUAAUUAGAUUAAUAAAAUAAUGUUUUUGUGCCUUUUUAAAGUAUCUGUGCCUUAACAAGUAUGGCAUUUUCUUACUAGCUAUUCCAUUGAAUGCCAUGACUGUUUAAUUUUUAUUUUUAAAAUUGCAAGCAGUUUAGACAAAUUGCAGGAUGUGUAGUCUAAUUAUGGCUUAUUAGCUGAUUCCUAAACCAUUAGAGAUAAACAUAUAUUUCCUAAGGGAAAUCUACUGUCAAUAAAUUCAAAGUUUUGUAAGUUGGUCAGUUUGACUUCUGAAGAAUGGUACUUAUUUUUUAAUGGUGGUGUGCCAAAAGUAUUUUAUUAAAUAUGAGUGAUAGGACUAGAUAAUUAUAUAAAAAUUUAGGCAUCAUAAUUUUACAGCAUUCGUGUAUUGAUUCAAACAAAUUAAAAUAUAAUUUCUCGUAUCAAUUAAAGCAUUUUUCCAACUGAAAGUAUUUCUUAUUGGUAAGGGUUUAGAAAUUAGCUAUUGAGCAUGUCUAGACUGAAACUAAUAAUUGAUAUAAUUGUUGAUAAUUUAUUGUUGAUAUUUAUUGGAAAUACCAGUCAUAUUUAUUAUAUUGCCAAUUAUGCUUAUAUUGAAAUAUCCUAGUAUCUUUCUAUAGUUAGAUGCUUAAGAGAUGGCUUUUAGAGGUCCGAUAUGAGUGCAUAAUUGUGAGUCUAAAGCAAAAAUUUAGAAAUUCCAUUUUUUUAUUUUAUUAUGUACAAUUUCUAAGAUUGCAAUUUUUCUUUAAAUGAAAUAUAUUGUAUGUCAGAUUGAAUCUGAAAGUGGAGUCUUGCUCUCUUCUAACAUAUGUAGCUGUACUUUUUUAAUACGAUUCUUUAACUUUUUCUUUGCAUUGAUUCAAGGCAGUUAUAAAGUAUGUGAAACCCAACUCUGUAAUUAUUUUUAGAAUGCUGAACGUAUAAAGAGAAACUUUGAAGCAAGGUAUAGCAUCUCUUUCAGAAUUUGGUAAAUUAGCCAAAGGUAUCAUCUGUGAUACUUUAGCAUAAUAAAUACAAAUAAGGAAUAUAUAAAUAAAUAUAUGUAGAUAUCUUUAUAAGAAUUUUAUAGCGUAAUGUUCAAAAUGAAACUUGUUGUAUGAAAAUAUGUAUUGUUAAUAUUGUUUUAUUAUUACAUUUUUAUUGUGUGUUAACUAGUUUGUGCCAUUUUAUGUUUUAAGUUCAAUGUCAUGUAUACCUGUAAAUACAAAAUAAUUACUAAAAAAUGAACUUUGCUUAAUUUAAUGAAUUAUUGAGUGUGUCUUCAUUUAAUAAAUUAAAUUAUUUACAUACUUUAAAUUAGAAAAAAUAAUAUAAAUUUUUUUAGUAACUUCGUUUAGGAAUUUCAUAUCAUUUCAUUAAGAUAUGUAUAUAAUAUAUAUAUAAAAAGAAACCGCUUCAGGAAUGUUCUC